AUGAUUUUCUCUCAACAAUAUCAAGAUUCGCAAUUCUCUGAACAAUUGUUAAUGAAUCAUCAUCCAAAACCAACUCUUCUUUACUGUACGCCUCCAUCUUCACCGAUGUCCAUGUCUAAUAAUUUGGGUCAUCCAAACCGUUCUUGCGUUUCAUGCAAGAAACGCAAAGUCAAAUGCGAUAGAAAAACCCCAUCAUGCGCGGCCUGUUUGAAGUCUAAACAUCGUUGCUAUUAUACAUCUUACUCACCUCCGGAAGAAGCGUUAACAAACAUUCCAGAGGAUGAAGCGAUCAAAGCUAUACGACAGCAACAAUGGAUCCAAAAUCAAAGAAUGAAUUCUGAAGUAAAAUUACCUACUAUCGUAAAGAACGAAUAUGACUUAGCAUCUACGAAUGGUUCUUUUCUUAACGACUCUAUCCUCAGUCUAAAUGUCGAUAAUUCUACUGUACCUAUGACUUUUGGCCCCGUUGCUUCUUACGUUCCUGCACGAUUUCAAACUCCCCACCUAACUCAAUUACAAAAUCCAAUCGCUACUUCGCAAAAUUUGGUACAACAAUCUUAUAUGGUACCGCAGCAACGUCAACAAAUUUCCACUCAAUCGUCCCCUCUUAUUAAUCAAACAACCCUUACAUCUUUUUUGCAACCUGCUUCUCCAGAUAAUUAUGUUCCAAAUAUGCGUGGUAUCAUCACAUUGAACUACAAUGUGAAUGGUUUAAUGCAAUUUAUGGAGAUAGAUCCUGCACUUAUUCCCAUUCUUCAAAGCGUAACAAAAGGAGCAGGACCUAUUAUACCACCAAAUGGAUUCGUAUCAGUAUCUCAAUUACAAUUCUGGAUUUAUGAAAAAGUUUUAGCAUUAAGUCAAGAAUGGAGAGGAGAAGCAGAUCAAACAUACGUUUUAGAUCCUGAUGAAAGAUUAAAAUUACGAAUAAUUGAAUAUGAACAACAAGGACAAUUUUCUUGUGUUGCACAACAACAAUUCGAUGUUGAAAUUGAACGACCAGAAUAUACAUCUGGUAAUAAUUUCGAUCAACAAACAGGGGAUUUUAAACCUUAUAAUGAUUUAAAUCCAUAUGACGAUGACGAUCGACAUAGUGGUAAUAGUAAUCGAAGCAGUAUCGAUAUAGAUCCAAUGGAUACUUUUCUUCAUAAAAUUUAUGCAUUCGUUCGUAAAUUUAUGAGAGAUGUUCCUUGGUUACGAGAAAAUUUUAUGUUAAAUUUUAGAAGAUCACCAACUGAUUUUGAUAUUAAUUGCGAUGGAAUAUUAUCUGAUGUUGCUAUAGAAGGGGAACAUUUUUUUAAUGGAACAUCGUAUCAUUUAUUCAACAUAAACUAG